UGAGUACUAAGAGUUUUGUGAAUACUUUUAUACAAAUAUACUACUUGGAAAUAGUAGUUUUUCUUUUCAAUCUCCUCAUUUGAAUCAACAAGGUAUAGGUCAGCCUUGGCUAGGCUACCAUUAAUGUGAUUUUUCUCUUAGGUAUUCUGAGUUUGGUGGUGAAUGAGACAAUUAGUUGUGAGAAAUUGUAUAUACCAUUGUUCUGUCUUUACUAUAGAAUAGUUGUGACUUGUGGGAAAUAAUAGAGUUCAUAUCAUAUCUCUACUCUUGAAUUUCUGAUGGAAAAGGUUAUUUUUCUAGACAGUAACAGAAUUAUUUUUUUUUUAAAAAAUCCCUUCUCAAAAUUAUAAAUUUAUGAAAAUGCCCUCUGAAAUUUUAAAACUUAAACCGGGUAUCCAUUGGGUUGGCUCGGUUCAAAUUGGGCCGAAACGUUUCUAAUUCAGUCUAUAAAUAUUCGCCUGAGUCCUGCCCUAAAAUAUAUUUUCCCAUCCAUGGCCACUCCGCCGGCGCCGCCUCAUCGUCGGGUGCUGAGAACGGACUACCUCAGCAAUCUCCCCGAUUCCCUUCUCCUCCUCAUCCUCUCCUUCCUCUCCACCCACGACUCCGUCCGCACCUCCGUCCUCGCCCGCCGAUGGCGCAGCCUGUGGGCCUCCGUCCCCGCGAUCCGCUUUCAUUACGAAGAUUUCCAUCCGAAGGUCGUGUCGAGAGCCGACGAGAUUGUCCAGCAAUUCAUCGCCUCUCGCAGAGACUCUUCCGCUGUUUUUUCUCUUUCUAUCGACUUGGACCAUCUAUGCCCUGUUACCUGGAUCGACUAUGCCAAGUCCCAUGGUGCUCAUGAGGUGACCCUCUACCUAGGCUAUUAUCCUCUGCAAACUCCUAUAUUCUCCACUCUGUUCGAUUGGCCGUCGCUCUUGACACUGGAAUUAGAAUUCGGCAUUGGUUGGCCUCGGGUUGACAUCCCUCCCGAAUGCAUCGCCUUGAGCAGUCUGAAGAAGCUUAUACUUACAGUUGGUGUAUUCUCGAUGGAGUCCAUGAGAAGGCUGCUCGCUUGCUGUCCUAACCUAGGAGAACUGUCGUUGGAUGUAUCAGACAUUUAUGAUGCCACUAUCGAAAUUGCAGUACCGAAUCUUCGCAGAUUGUUCCUUGCAGGCCCUCUGGGCAAGACGCGUAUCAAUUGUCCGAAUCUUGAAUCUUUAUGCAUUCGAAGCAGUUCUUACCUGGAAGAGUUCCAUGUCUACGCGCCCUCUCUGGUCCGUGUUCAUUUGGUUGAAUUUCGAUGGUGCCAUAGAUUAGCUUCGAGUUUAUGCAAUGUGGCAGAGCUAGCCAUAUCUCUUGUAAUUCUUCCUGCUGAUCUGGUGGAGGCUAAGUCUAUGAUAGAAAGCUUUAAAUUGUUUCAUAAAAUAAAGAAAUUGAGGGUCCAAUUGCAUCUUCUCAAUGAGUUUACCAUGCAAUUGCUCUUUCUUUUUCUUCGAGAGAGUCCAAAUAUCUGCCUACUCCAUUUAAUGGACGAAAAAGAUGAAAAGGAGCCAUGUUCGCCAUUUUCGCAUAUGUAUGAUGAUCAGGGUGAGUCCUUGCAAAUUAUGCCCUCCAAGAGCUUCAAUAAUCUCAAAUUAGUUUUGGUCCAAAUCAAUUCUGAAAUCGCUCGAUCAACAUUCUUGGAGAUGCUAUCUGAGAGAGUUCAAGCAUGGGGCAAAGUAGUUGUGAGGUACAGAGCAUUAACAGUUAUGUGAUUGCAAGUGUAAUUGAAUACUUUUGACAAAUUUACUACAUGCUAAUAAAUGGAGAUAUCUUGCCGUUGCCGAU